AUGGCGGACGAGCUGGACGACGGACUGCUGCUGGACGACAACCUCGUCGCCUACUCGGGCGACGAGGCGGGCUCGGAUGCAGAAGGAGACGUAAAAAAAGAAGCCGCUGCUCCCCCGAAGAGCGAUGCGACCGAGGCGAAAAAGCGCAAGCGCAAGGCGGCGCGGCAAAAGAAAGCCGCCGCGUACCGUGACGAAGUGCAGGCCGGACAGUCGGUGGCACAGCAGCCGUCAGACCGCCAGGCCGAUUUCCUCGUUGCGCAGCAGCGCAAGACCUACCCCAAGCUGAGCGCGCUCGAGAUGCAAGAGAUGCAGGUGCCGGCCACGUCGCUCGCCGAGACCUAUGCCUUUACGAAAGAGCGCACCCUCGACCACCUUGCCGAGUUUCUGCGUGAAUAUGCGCUGCGCACACCCGAUGAUCUGCAGAGUGCCAAGCCAUGGAUGACGGAGAAAGGCGCGCCCUAUAUUCUGGUCGUCUCGGGCAACGCACAGCGCGCGGCCGACAUUGCGCGGCCGCUGCGCACGCUCCUCCCCUCUGAUGAUGCACGCCCCGCCAAGCGCCGGAAGGGCGCGAGCGACGACAAAGGCGGCGCGGGCGUCGCCAAGCUCUUUGCGCGCCAUUUCAAGGUCGACGAGCAGGUCGCGCACCUUGCCGAGCACCCUGCGCCGCUUGCCGUCGGCACACCGCACCGCAUCCAGCAGCUGCUGGAGCGCAGCGCGCUGCGCACUGAGCAUCUCGCCGCGGUUGUCGUCGACCACUCGUGGACCGAUGCCAAGAUGCGCACCAUCUUUGACACGCCCGAGACGCACGACGCGCUUGUCGCGCUCCUGAGCGAAGGCGCGCUCCGCGACGCGUUCCGGCGCAAGGAGCCGUGCAAGCUCGUGCUGUACUAA